CACAAUAAUAAUGGCGGUGGCGGACUUCUAGUUACAUGCUGUCUGAGUUUUAACACAGCAGAAUGAGGGAGACACCUUUGUCAAACUGUGAGAGGGAUUUCUUGCUUCAAGCCAUCCAAGAGAAAAAGCGCCUGGAUGGACGGCAGACUUAUGACUACAGGAAAAUCAAGGUCAUGUUUGGGACUGACUUUGGAUGCUGCUUCGUGGAACUGGGCAAAACGAGGGUAAUGGCCCAGGUAUCCUGUGAGUUGGUGGCUCCCAAAGAGAACAGACCAAAUGAGGGACUCAUGUUCUUCAAUAUAGAGCUGUCACCCAUGGCUUCACCAGCAUUUGAACAGGGAAGGCAGUCAGAAUUGUCAGUGAAGCUAAACCGACAGUUGGAGAGAUGCUUAAGGAACUCCAAGUGCAUUGAUACUGAGUCCUUGUGUGUAGUGUCCGGAGAAAAGGUAUGGCAAAUUCGGGUGGAUGUACACAUGCUGAAUCAUGAUGGGAACCUGAUGGAUGCUGCCAGUAUCGCUGCAAUCGCUGCUCUUUGCCACUUCAGACGCCCUGAUGUUGGCAUACAGGGAGACGAAGUCACUGUGUACAGUCCAGAAGAAAGAGAUCCCAUUCCUCUUAGUAUCUACCACAUGCCCAUCAGUGUCAGCUUCGCCUUUUUCCAGCAAGGGACCUAUCUGCUUGUAGAUCCAUGUGAACGGGAGGAGCGUGUGAUGGAUGGCUUGCUGAUGAUAGCAAUGAACAGGCACAGAGAAAUCUGCUCCAUCCAGUCUAGUGGUGGCAUCAUGUUGCUCAAAGAGCAGGUAAUGAGAUGCAGUAAAAUAGCCAGCGUCAAAGUGUCUGAAAUCACAGUACUCAUCACUAAAGCCCUGGAGAAUGACAACACAGCUCGCAAGGCAGGUGGCAGAUGUGGCUUUGCUGAAUCAAUGCCUCAAGAGCGAAUCACCGCUCUAAAAAAGGAGGAGACGCCUGUAGAAAUGACAGAUGCGACCGAACGAGCCAAUGACAUUUUCCUGAAGAGCGAGGUCACUCCUCAGACAGGUCCGUCUCCGGUGGUGCCACUCCCAGGCUUGGGUCAGGUAGGGCAAGGGCUUCAGAACAGCUGGGGAAUGGAGGAAGAUGAACAGGAGGAUGAAGAAGAUUUCAACAGUGAUGACGAUAAAGAAACAAUGAUGGAAGUGGGAAAAAUACAACAAGCGGAGGGAGAUGUGGUUGAGAUAUCAGACAGUGAAGAGGACGAAGUUGUCAUACUUCAACCAGAGGCAGAAGACAAAGUUCAUAAGAAUACAAGUUCAAGUUCCCACCAGAAGGGGCCAGUGACAUCAAAGAAACGGCACAGAAAAUGAGAGAAUACAUUUAAAGAGCUCGAUCGAGAUUUGGACAAAGUUUACCUGCGGUUUGGCCAAGAAGCUCCUAUGCAAGAGCAACAAAUUGCUACAUGCUCUUGUGCAGUUUUAGCCAGAUUGAAUCAUCUGAAUUUGUUGUUUAAAUUGUUGGGAAAUACACCAGCUCAGUCACAUUCUCAUGACACAGCAUCAGGAACGACUCGAGAAUCCAACUCUUGCCAACCGCAGUUGAAGACGACCACUUUCCCCAAACCAUGUCACAUAUUUUUGUAUAUUAAAUGGUUCAAUUGAUCUCCA